AUGCCAUGUUCUCUUAGGAGGCUCUUCGCAACCAUCUUGGUGCACUGCGAGCCAGGAAACGUGCGCGGUUUAUGGGAUAGGCACCUCGAGCCUAUGUCUGAUGACUACCGUCGAACAUGGACGUCCCCGAACGAGGUGGAGCAGAUGGUGUUGCUUGACAUUAGGGGUAUGUUGCAGUCCAUGGGUAAAGACAUUAUUGAUUUCUCUCUUCCAACCAUCGAUGAUGCGUUUGACCCAACCGAGGGCGAGGCCAGAGAGAUUAUCGAGGAAUCAACCGUUGAGUUUGACGAAAGUGACACUAAAUUGUCAUCUUCCCUGAACUUGGAGCAAAGGGCUGCAUACGACGAGAUACUAGCGGCUGUUGAACGCGGUGAUGGGGGUGUAUUCUUUGUUGAUGGCCCUGGAGGUACAGGGAAGACCUUCCUCUACAGGGCGAUGCUUGCCAAGGUGAGGGGCGAGGGCAAGAUUGCUAUCGCUACCGCGACGUCGGGCGUCGCUGCUUCUAUCAUGCCUGCCGGCAGGACUGCCCACUCGAGGUUCAAAAUCCCACUGAGUUACGAUGAUGGAGCCUCGUGCAGCUUCACCAAGCAGAGUGGGACAGCCAAGCUGCUAAGGAUGGCCUCAUUGAUACUAUGGGACGAGGCCAGCAUGACUAAGCGACAAGCGGUUGAGGCAUUGGACAAUGGCAUGCGCGACAUCAUGGGAAUACGCGACCGACCCUUUGGAGGAAAGACUGUUGUUUUUGGCGGGGACUUUAGGCAGGUGCUUCUGGUCGUCAGAGGGGGGUCACAGGGCCAGAUAAUUGAUGCAAGCCUCCGAAGCGAGGUUGACGACCUAGAGAAGCUGAUUGACCAUGUGUUUCCGAGUCUAGAUGACAACAUGUCUGAUUCGAAUUACAUGACAUCUCACGCAAUCCUUUCCACGACAAAUGACAACGUCGACAAGAUAAACAUCCGCAUGAUAGAGCGUUUCCACAAAGAUGAAGUAAUCUACCAUAGCUUUGACAGUGCGGAAGACGACCCAUAUGGCUACUGCGCUCCUGAGUUUCUGAACGGAUUGACUCCCAAUGGUCUUUCUCCGCAUGCACUCAAACUAAAGCUGAACUACCCGGUCAUACUUCUAAGGAAUAUUGAUCCAGCUAAUAGACUGUGUAACGGGACUAGGCUUGUUGUUAGAGGUUUUGAGAGGAACACCAUUGAUGCAGAAAUCUUUAAGAGGAAGCAAUUUCGUAUAAGGCUUAGCUUUUCUAUGAAGAUUAACAAGGCUCAAGGGCAGACCAUCCCGAUUGUUGGUGUGUAUCUACCUAAUCCGGUGUUCUCUCAUGGUCAACUCUAUGUUGCUUUGUCUCGAGCCACCGCGAAGAGAAACAUAAAGAUACUCAUUCAGAAGGAGAAGCCGAAGGAGAAGGCCAACAUGCAAAAUAACAAUCCAAAGAAGCGAAAAAGACCGACCGUGUCCUUGCUGAUCUCAAUGAAGAACAUCGUCUACAAGGAAGUACUUACAGGCUGA